AUGGACUGGGCUAUAAAAGCAGCGAAAAAGCGCAUGAGGACGCGACAUGGGGAUUCUAGGUCGAUUGUAGAGUCCCUUAACAAACUAAAUGAUACUGUAUUAACCGGACAUGAUGAAAUUAAUGAGCUCCUUGAAGAUGCUAAUGAUUGGCUGAAUCUAGAAAUGAGGCGUGUCGGUUUUAAAGAAGAAGCCAUAGAAUCAGCGGCAUCUGCGGAUGAGCUAUUUUCUGGCUCUUUACAAGAUAAGGUCGACAAAGAGUUAGCGGGCGGUAAUUUGGACUCAUCUCUAAACCAACAAGAUAAUACAAACUCAAAGGUUAGUAUUAAUGCUGAUAAAGAGAAAGCAGAGGAUGAAGACCCCAAAGUUAAGCUGCACUUGAAUGUAUCAAGGGACGAUGAGAAACCUAAGAACUAUGGAUCUAAUACACCUAAAUCUUCGAAGUCUACCUUGAAUAGAGCAGCGUUAAAAUCUUCACCCUGGUCACCCUAUAAGGUGGAAAGAACUUUAAAAGAGGGCGUAUAUAGUCAGAUACAAAACGAUACACAAGAUGCACAAGAUGCACAAGAUGCACAAGAUACACAAGAUACACAAGAUGCACAAGAUAACGACAACAGCAUAAAUGAAGUUGACCAAGGAACAGACAAAUCAAUAACUGAAACUAAGAUAUCUUUGUCCAAAAGCUCUGAAAGCACCACUUCUUUCAAAGCUGCGACAGUGGUUCCACCCAGCAGAGAUCGCACACUGCGGCGCUCAAACAUGUUUGUCCCGCUACCGAACAAAGACCCUCUUGUAGUUCAGCCAUCAACUGGGAAGGGGAAAGCUCUAAAUCUCAAUGCACCGGAUGCGCCUAAACCGUUACAAGGUAGUAUGCAGCGAGGCAGUUCAAUUUUUGAUAGGCUAUCUUCGAUCCCAACGAAGUCCUUUGAGAAGAAAAUAUCAUUAACUCGCAUUUCCAGAUCACCGUCCAGAAUUUCAAGAUCACCAGUACGAUUACAGUCACCAUCAGCUAGACGAUAUCCUCAAACUCCUUCGCAAGCAAAUGCCAACGGCUCUCCUGUAAGACGGCGAUCAACAGCGGUUGGAGAUCGCUCUAACGAUAAGAUACAAGCGACACUUAAGGGCAUCUUCGAUACACGAAUCCCGACCUUAGCUAGUGAAAAACUGGCAGCAAAUGCCCCUCUUUCAGACAACAAGAAGAAAGCAGCACAACCUAAACUUGAAAGAAAGUCAUUAAUUCCGAGACUUGACAGGCCGUCUUUGAAAUCUAGCAUCAAUAAAGAGAAAAGAGGUCGCAGUAUGACUCCAAUUAAACGGCCAGAUAUGGCGUCAAAGUUGCGGAAAUUGAGCGCCAAUCCUUCACCAGUUAAUAAGCAAUCUUUAAACUCUACUCAAAAACUACAGCCAAGUGCUACACCUCUGCGUGUAGCUUCGAAACCUUUCCUUCCAAUGGCUAAGUCAACCUUGACAUCCGACUUGAAUCCUUCACCAGAGUAUCGCUCAACAGUUCAAAGUCCAAUACCAAAAGUUCCUGGUUUAAUUGGUACGAAAUUGUCUCUGAAGAUUCCUUCCACCUCCAGCACUACGAAACUUGCGCUAACGCAUUCAGAUUCUAGCCCCUUUGUAAAAGCUGCGGCCACAAACUCAAUUGGUAAUCAAUCAAUUGUUGAUGAAACCUCCCCAGGCUCAAAAUCUGCUAAUAUUCCUCUGAAGGGCCCUAAUGAUAGAUUGACAAAGUUCCAGUUGGUUUCACAGGCGGGUUCUGAGAAACAUGAUUUAAAGAGAAAGUUGGACAAAAGGUUGUCAGAAGUGAUGAGGAACCAGCAGGAACAGCAGUUGCUAAGACGAAGACAGGAACAACAGAAAAGGAAGUCCCAACUAGAAGAGGAGAAAAACAGGCGAACUAAAAUAUUGUCUGAGUUUGCUGAAAACCCAGUGGGUUCCAGACCAAAGGCUAAACCAUCUAACACAUAUCUAUCCAAAUUACCAAACCAAUCAAUUUUAUAUGAUUUAAAUACAGCCGACCAUAGAUCAAAUAUUGGAGCGAAGGUGACCGAUAAUAACCCAAACAUGGAAAAUUCUUUGCCAUUAGGUGAGACUACCUUGCCUUAUAUUGAUUCAGAUUCAGAUAACGAAUCCGGCUCACAUAAGGUUUUAGCAGCAUGGGCUCAAUCGCCUUAUCUAGAAUCACAGCUGAAAAUACAGCAAGAUUGGGAUGCAGAAAAAAUAUUUGGACCGAUACCUCCAUUACAUGUCGAUGAAAUCUUCCAGAACUCAAGAUUAUCUAGAUUGAAAUCGCGACAAUCAGCAACGCGUAUUAGCAUGGGCAUAUAA